ACUGCCAAGAAGAGGAGGCAUUUUCCUCCGACAAUGAACUCCUCAUUUCACUCAUACUUCUUGGAUCUCAACCUGAAUGCCACAGAGGGCAACAUUUCAGAACCAAAUGUCAAGAACAAGUCUUCACCAUGUGAAGACAUGGGUAUCGCUGCAGAAGUGUUUCUGACUCUGGGUCUCAUCAGCCUCUUGGAGAACAUCUUGGUCAUUGGGGCCAUAGUGAAGAACAAGAACUUGCACUCACCCAUGUACUUCUUCAUCUGCAGUUUGGCUGUGGCUGACAUGUUGGUAAGCAUGUCCAAUGCCUGGGAGACCAUCACCAUAUACUUGCUAAAUAACAAGCAUCUAGUGAUAGCUGAUGCUUUUGUGCGUCACAUUGACAAUGUGUUUGACUCUAUGAUCUGCAUCUCCGUGGUGGCUUCUAUGUGCAGUUUGUUGGCCAUCGCAGUGGACAGGUAUGUCACCAUCUUCUAUGCCCUGCGCUAUCACUACAUCAUGACUGUGAGGCGCUCAGGAGUUAUCAUCGCCUGCAUCUGGACCUUCUGCACAGGGUGUGGCAUCAUCUUCAUCAUUUACUACGAAUCUACUUAUGUCAUCAUUUGCCUCAUUUCCAUGUUUUUCACCAUGCUGUUCCUCAUGGUGUCCCUGUACAUACACAUGUUCCUCAUGGCACGGACUCAUGUCAAGCAGAUAGCAGUACUGCCUGGAUACAAGUCUAUGAGGCAGAGGACCAACAUGCGUGGUGCUGUCACCCUGUCCAUGUUGCUGGGUAUCUUCAUUGUGUGCUGGGCCCCCUUCUUCCUCCACCUCAUUUUAAUGAUUUCUUGUCCUCAGAAUCUCUAUUGUUCUUGCUUUAUGUCUCACUUCAACAUGUACCUCAUACUAAUCAUGUGUAAUUCUGUGAUUGAUCCUCUGAUAUAUGCCUUCCGAAUCCAGGAGAUGCGAAAGACCUUUAAAGAGAUUAUUUGUUGCCAUGGCUUCAGAAUCACCUGCAGAAUCCCUAGCAGGUACUGA